GGGGGAAGGUAUAGGGGGAGGGACUCGUGACGAGGAGCGGCACCGGUCCCCCCUGAAGCCUCGGCCGCUGCCCCGAGCCCCGAGCCCGGGCUGAUGAGCUGCCGCGCGGCUCUGUCUGCUCUCCGGGUCCGGGAGAGAUUCGACUUCGGCCACAGAGAUGUUACCCGAUGGUUCCCGGGACACAUGGCGAAAGGUCUUAGAAAGAUGCAGAGCAGUCUGAAAAAAGUGGAUUGCAUUAUCGAAGUUCAUGAUGCCAGGAUUCCUCUGUCCGGCCGUAACCCUUUGUUUCAAGCAAGCUUGGCCAUCAAACCACAUCUUCUUGUACUGAACAAGAUGGAUUUAGCUGAUCUUACAAAUAAACGGAGAAUCCUGAGUGAGUUGGAACAACAAGACAUUCAAAAUGUUCUCUUCGCUGACUGCCGGAGGCAAAGCGAUGAAUAUGUGAAGAAAAUAGUUCCUACUGUUUUGGAGCUGAUAGAGAAAAGUGAUCGGUAUCACAGGUCGGAGAACUGGGAGUUCUGCUUAAUGGUGAUCGGAGUGCCAAAUGUGGGCAAGUCAUCUCUCAUUAAUGCCAUGCGAAGGAUGUAUCUAAAGAAAGGGAAAGCCUCCCGGGUUGGUGGGGAACCAGGCAUUACCAGAGCUGUCUUGACAAAGAUUCAGGUCUGUGAUCGACCCCUUAUGUAUUUAUUAGAUACACCUGGUGUCUUUUCGCCACACGUAGAAAAUGUGGAAGUUGGCAUGAAGCUGGCACUCUGUGGAACUAUAUUGGAUCACUUGGUAGGAGAAGAUGUAAUUGCCGAUUACCUGCUUUUUACCCUCAAUAAACAACAGAAGUUUGAUUAUGUGGAGCGGUACCAGCUAGGAGAGCCCUGCGAUGAUAUCCAGAUGGUGCUUAAAAAAAUUGCAGUAAAUCUAGGCAAAACCCAGAAAAUAAAAGCCCUGACCGGUGUUGGGGAUGUGAAAGUUCUUAUACCAAACUACACUGCAGCUGCGUAUGACUUCAUCAGAGCCUUCAGGAAAGGGGAGCUGGGAAAGGUUAUGCUGGACUGAUACAUACCUUAAAAGCUUGGAGAGCUGUCAACCUUACAAAAGGCUUCAGAUAGAUAACUUGUGGUACAAGUGCAGAAAGGGUCUGUGUCACGUACAUUUGAACAUGGUGAAUACUGGUAAAUUAAGCACCCUUGCCUCCAGGCUUCCGAAUCACAUUCUCGAGUUACAGCAAUAUUACAUAAGAUUGUUUCAAAAAGCUGUCGAGUUUGUAAACGUAGCACAUGAUGUUGUUACACAUGUCAAUGAGAUGUCUGAAAAAUAACCCAAUUUGUCUUUCUUAAUAAACCAUAUUGGUUGAGAGAGUUUUGCGAUUACGAUUUUAAAAAAAAGUAUAUUUUCAUUUGAACAGUACAUGUUAUUAUUAGCUUGGAGGAAUCUCUGAAUUAUGAGCAUGUGAGGGGCUGAAUUGCCAUUUGUUCUUGUCUAUCAUCAACCCCAUUUAUUGGCAUUCUAGGUUUAUAUAGGGUGGCCAAAAUGUUGUGAUGCCAUUACAAUGUCUAAUAAGUCUUAAAGAAUUGAUGAAGAAAUAAAGUAAUUAUUAUUAAAAUAAAUAGUAUCACGACUUUUUGGUCACUCUAUUUUUGGUAGCUCGAUAAUUUAGCUGUGUUGCAAUUAGCACCAAAAUACUAAAUAAAAGUUUUAUUAAAGUAGCAGAAAAUAACAAAUACAAUACAAAAAAUUAAGCUAAUUCACAUCCUUUGCAACAAUUUUUAAUGGAAAAAGUUUCAUUAUUUAAUUCAUUAUUUAAGAAGAGUUGAUUUCUUGUUUUACUUUGUUUUUUACAAAAUAAACUCACCAAAAAUGAGUAGCUAAUUGCUGGGAGUGUGAAUGGGUGAGAAAUUCCUUCUACUGAAAAGUGAAGCGACUUUGCCAAUAAACACUCGUGACUGGUUUGCUGUUAUGAAAAAUGAUUAAAUUAAAAGAAAGACAAAUUUAUCAGACAGUAUAUACUGUCAUCAUUAAAGGUCCUGAUGUGAAAGGUGCUAUACCAAUGUAAUUUGCUGUUGUUGUAUUUCUAUUUCCAUAAUCUGCAGCUGCAGUGUGCGUUCAGUGUGAUAAAUUAUUAUUUUUGUUCUUCCAUCAUACAGAAAUAUUUCUUUAAGUGCACUUUGAUGGAGAUUAGGCUUCAUGUUCCUGGUUAACCCUUGCACCAUCUAGCUGUUCAAAGUCUGCUUGUACAAUUGAGUAUCAUUGCUGCACGGAGUUCAGUCACUUUUUCAAAAUAAAUGCACAAAUGCCAGUGACAAAUUGAGAAUAAUAUCAGAAGUAAAUCAGUGUUUCGUUCACACAGAAUGCAAAUCGGCCCAUUGUGCUGGCUCUUUUAAGAGCAGUUUUAUCCAUCCGUUUACCUACCCUUUCCCCAUACCCCGAUAUCUGUAUAUGUUAAAGUGUAAAUCUGUAUUUCCUGUUACUCUUAACAGAAAGCCCAGGAGACUUUUUUUUCAUAAAAAUGACAAAUCUCCAGCGCAGUUGAUCAAAGCAGAUCACUGGAGUUGUUGUUAUCAGUGCACCAGCUCUUUUUGAAAAACAUUUUAGUUCAAAUUUACAGAAUUUUUUUUAAUAUCUACUUUAUGUGGGGCAAGCUGAUAGAUGUUUGGCUCCCGCUUUACUAGUUGAAGAUAAGUGAUAGAUAACUCAAAAAGAGUUACAAAAAUUUCACAACUUGCAGGUAAUAUAGAACCAUUAAAGGGGCAAAUGGCUGACAUUCAGAAAUAUACCCUUAGAGUUAAUGUCUCCCUCAUACAAUGCAGGUCCUACAUCACCAGAUUGACGUUGUAUCCAAUAACUACAGAAAAUAGUCGAGGCUGAUUUCUGCUGCAGUGAAACUUUCUAUUAAUAAUGUACUAGCCCAUUUACCAGGAGCACUUAAAGGAGGUUGAAACGAACACUCCUCAUCCACUGUUGUUAUUACUAAAUAUUGUGUACAAAUCACAUAUUAACCCAAGAACGAUUUUAUUUUCAUUCAAAUGUACUUCAUGCAUUCAAAAUAUGUCCAGAUGAAAUAAAGUGUGAUUAAACAAAGUACCAUACAGCAUAACACAAUAAAAUGCACUUCAACACUC